GGCGGGGUGAGUCAGCCGAGUGACGUGAGGCCGAGCCGGGCUCGCGGCUAGAGCGCGGCGGAGGCGCGGCCACGAAACUCGUACCUGCGGCUAAGAGCAGGCCACAUUUGUCAGGAUGGCCUUGAUCCCGAAGCACUUUGGACUGAAAAGCAGAGAAGAAUCAUACUUAUUUAAAGAGCUUGAUAAGAUCCAGCAGAAGACCAAGAAGGAUUUUCAGGUAUUCAAGCAGAGGCUGUUGGCCAAGCCAGCCCUCGAUGAGGACGCCUCCCAAGUGCAGCGCCCCCGCGCCGCCCGGGCCCAGGGGAAGGGCCGAGUUUGCGGGCGGGGAGCGGGACCCGGCAAAAUGUCCCCUCCCAGAAAAGGCCUUGCGGGCCGGCUGGAGGCGUCGCUAGCCCUGCCGUGCCUGCUCCGCCCGGGCCUGGGCCCGGCCGCCCCGUCCAAGAAGACCCAGCACUUCCAGCCCCAAAGCUUUUACAUGCGGAGCUCCGCCUUCCUACGGCACCGACCCCAGAAGAGGCCGCCGAUCAUCGCCCCGGAGACGGGCACGGCCAAGCCUGCGGUCCUGCUGCCGCCCCCGGUGCCCCGGGGAAAGCCAAGAACACUCCGGGCGGGCCCGAUCCCGGGGCCGCCACGGUCCAGGCGACUCUCCAGCCUGGUCCCCGAGCCAGAGGCCGACCACGACGCAGCCCUGCCCUCGGAGGGGCGGCGGUCCCGGGACAGGAAGGCCUCCGCCGGCAGCACCGGGGACGAGGAGGACGUCCUGAAGCAGCGGCGCACCGUGCGGAUUCGCACCCACUUCCUGCGCCAGCGGGAGUCCGGCGUCUCGCUCGACUCGCUCUCCAGCGGCGCGCCCGGGCCCGGCGAGGCGCGCGAGGCCCUGCGCGCCUCGCUGCGCUCCUCGCUGCGCGCGUCCCCGCGCCCGUCCGUGCGCGCGUCCCUGCGCGCGUCCCUGCGCGCGUCCCCGCGCCCGUCCUGGCAGCCGCACCGCGUCAUCCCCACGUCCAUCGACGAGAUCAUCGCCUCGCUGCAGUCCGAGACCCAGCUCGCCUUCGACCAGACCAUCAGAGAGCUCAUCCAGAGCGUCCUGGGCCAGAACUACGACAUCAAGAUGGACGAACUUUCUUUAAUGGAGCAAAUGGGCCUCAGCUCAUCUCAUAAAGAAGUAGAAUCACUUCAGAAGGAAGCAGAGCAAGGGUCAGAGACAAGCGCUGAAGAAACUGAAAAGCCCGGUGUGGCUGAGGAGCUGACAGAAGCGGUGUCGAGUGUUUUCCAGAUUGAACAGGAAGAUGCUUUUGAAUGGACAGCCAUGGACAGAGAUAGUUCAGAACUUAAAUUGCAGGCAAUCUCGGAAGCUCACCCAGAGGAUGAAUCACUGAGACCUCUGCGAGAGAGACAUGCUGCAGCUGAUUUCAAAACAAGCAAGAAGACAUCUUUAAAGGUAGACUCGGCAAAAUUCUUGCAAAUAAAAGGAAAAGAAAUUAAACGAAUACAAAAAACUGAAUUUGAAAUGCCAGCAUUGAGACCAAGAAAGCCUUUAAAAUCCAGAUGGCGCCAUUACAGACAAACUGAAAAAAUGACACCGGCCUUCAUCCCUCCUCACAUUCAUGAUCUGUGCAACAACAUGCCGACCCAGGAGCUGCCGAUUGAGCUGUUCCUGGCUUCUCGCGUCCUCCACACUCCCGACAAGAUGAGUCACAAGAACAUGCUCGGAAAGGUUGGGGCAUCUUUCUUAAGUGAUCGGUUUACGGAUGAGCAAAGAGAGAGAAUGCUCUAUGGAAUUCCUGUGAUGGAGGAAAAUAAAGAGGAUAUGGAUGUUUCUCCAACAGCACCAGAGGAAUCUGCUGAACCUGAACAAAGACCUAGUUGGCAUGCUCAAAGAUCACACCUGAGCCUCCUGGGAGAAGAAGUAUCUGCUUAUCCAGGAUCUAUGAAGUCAUUUUGGAAUCCAGCCGCACCCAAAUUUGGUGUUCCAGAAUCUGUUAUAAGAGAUGUUUUAUAUCCAAAAUAUGAGAGUGUUCGAAAAAGCAAACUUUUAACUGCGGAUUUAAUAUUUGAAAGCCAGGAAAGUAUCACAAUAUUAGAUACUAGUCGCAAAGAAAGUAUUAAGUCUUUCAUAUUACGAAAAGCUGCAUCAUAUGAAAAUAUAAAAAAACCUCUCAGCUCAAAAUGGAUAUAUUGGAAGAGAGCAAAAUCUUCUCCUGACUUGAGAAAGGAAGUCACCCAGCUAUUCCACAUAAAGGAUGACACACGAAGCAAUAUGAAAAACUUGAGAUUUCAGCAGGCCAAGGCCCAUGAGGCUCGCGCUUUUAAAGAAGACACAAUAGACAUCACUGUGAAAGAAAGUAUACAAGAGAGCUUAGAUGAGAUGGAGGAUAAAGAAAGAGUUUCUUUCUCUCUGGUUGAAGCAUCCCGAAAAGCUGGCAUUAGUUACAUUGUGUAUCCUAAGAGAAAGAAGUUGAGAUGGAAGAAAGGCCUGAAAUCCUCCAAACUUACCAUUGUGUAUGAGCAGCUAGCCAAGCCUCCACAAAAGCUUGAAAGAACAAUGUCUCUUGGAAUACUUCCUGGACAGAAGAAAUUUUUUCUCAGAGUUCCAGUAUACGAACUUCCAAUCCGAAGUCCCAGCUUACCAUCAUGUUUAGAUUAUGCUAAACAUGCCGAAACGAAGGGAGGACUGCUAAAGAUCAGCAACCCUCCGAAGUGGGUUGCUGAUACACUGAGUAAGGCCCAGCAACAGAAAGCACGCACCUCAGCGGUGAAAGCAGACAUCCAGAAAGACCUGCCCGAAAAGGUGGCAGAACCACAAAAGCUAGAAUUAAGGGAUGAUUUGCCAUGUGAUCUUCCACCAGAAGUCAUUAAAUAUUAUAAAUCUGAAGUGGAAGCCUUGACUGAAGAAAUAAACAAUAAUAAAACAUACCUUGCAUUUGCAUAUUGUAGACGUGGAGCUAUUUAUAGGAAACUGGGAAAGUUGCAGAGCGCCAUGAGUGACCUACAGCAAGCUAUAUAUUUGGAACCAAUGUUUCUAAAUGCCUACUGGCACCGGCAUUUCCUUUUUCUUUUCCAAGACAAAAUCGCUGAUGCUUUGGAUGAUUUGUAUUACAUACAUAGGUACAAUAAAAACAAUACAGAAGCGUAUUUGUCAAAGGCGGAAAUUUUCAAGGGAAAAAAUGACAUCACUCUGGCAAUUCUAAACUACACCCAGGCAAUCAAAUGCAAACCCACAGAUUCUGAUGCAUACUUCAGAAGGGGUGAGGUAUAUGAAAAAACAAAUAGAGUGUUGGCUGUUGACGACUAUUCCAAAUGUAUUGCUUAUGAUCCUAAGAGACCUGAUGCGCUAAUGAAACGCGGGAUGUUUCACUUUGAAAAUGAGAACUGGAAUUUGGCCAUACAGGAUUUUACAUCUUUGUUAAAUAUAGAUCACCUCAAUGCUCAAGCAAGGACCUAUCGUGGGAGAUCAUAUUUUAAAAGGCAGUAUUAUAGACUAGCAGCUCAGGACUUAUCUGCUGCUAUCCACUUAGAUCCUAAUAAUUGGUUAGCAUUUUAUUAUCGAGCUUGCUUGUUUAGAACAACUAAUGUUUCCAGAGCCCUGCAGGACUACAGCAUUUCAGCUCUCUUAAAUGAUGGUUAUGAGAAUCUUGGGUGUUUUCUACAUCGAGGGAUCCUGUAUACACGUUUGAAACUUUGGAACCUGGCAAUCUGUGAUUUUGAAUCUGUUAUUUCUCUGGAAAGAACUGUUACUUUGCCUUAUAUAAACAUCGGUCUCGUACAACUGCUUCACUUGGAUAACUACACUGAAGCCAUUUGGAAGUUUACGGAGGCUCUUAAAAUUGACCCUUUGAAUAUUCAAAGCUAUAUUUGUAGAGCAGAAGCCUACCAUAAGUUACAUAACUUGCACAAGGCAGUAAGGGAGUUAUCGCGUGCUAUCCACCUUCAGCCGGAUGGAAUCCAAUUAUACAUAAUAAGAGGACAAUACCUUCUUUCAAUGAAGUGUUUUGACCUUGCAAAGUUCACUAUUUAUCAAGUGGCAGAAAUGAACAAAGGUGCCAUUGAGUUGAGUCCCGUACAGCAAGCACUCAUUUAUUCAUUUUGUGAAAACCACGACAAAGCCAUUCAGGUCUUGGAUGGGGUCGUGUGGAAUAAACCAGAGUUCACCAUGUACGCCUUGUUAGCAAAGGCCCAAAUGAAGGCCAGGAAAAUCAAGGAAGCUAUAAAAAUGUUUAAGAAGGCAUUGGAAGUAUAUUUCCUUUCUGAUAAAGAUCUAAGUGCCGUAGCUACUUCAGCAGACUGUCUGUAUAACUUGGGUGUUUGCUACAUGGAAGAAGGCAACUACCAAAUGGCUUUUGAGUCUUUUUCAAAGGCUGUGAAGGCAAAUCCUGACUUUUCAGAAGCUUUUUAUCAACGAGCACUUUGCAAAGUAAAACUCCAGAAGGAUAACUCAAUUAUGGAUUUUAAUCGUGCAAUUACCCUCAACCCUAAACAUUACCAGGCAUAUUUAAGCCGAGUAGCCUUCUAUGGUUCUCAGGGCAGGUAUUCUAAGGCAAUUUUGAAUUGUAACGAGGCCAUCAAGAUUUAUCCUCAGAGUGUGCGGGCCUACCUCUACAGAGGAGUUCUGAAGUACUAUAGCAAGAGUUACAAGCUAGCUAUUACAGAUUUAAGUACUGCUGUGACCAUGGACAAAAACAAUUAUGUCUCAUUUUAUAACAGAGCAUUAUGCUAUACCAAGAUAGGAGAGCUCCAAUUGGCAUUAAUAGAUUAUGGAAUUGUGCUUCUUCUUGAGCCUGGAGAAACGCUGAUGUUAAAUACCUUCAUUAAUCGUGGGCUCAUCUACACAGAGCUAGAGCAGUACAGCUUUGCAUUAGAGGAUUUUAAACAAGCUGCACAGAUAAAGCAGAAUAACGUGAGUCUUUGUCAUGCUGCUGCCAUGUGUCACCACAGAAUUAAAGAGUUUGAACAAGCCGUCUAUUUCUUUAGCUGGGCUCUUAAAAUUAACUCCCGUUUUCUGGAUGCUUACAUUGGGAGAGGAAAUUCUUACAUGGAAUAUGGAUUUGAGGAAGCCACCAAGCAAGCUCAGAAGGAUUUUACGACAGCCCUGCAUCUUAAUCCAGCCUACACAAAGGCCAGAAUUAGUCUGGGCUAUAAUUUGCAGGCCCAAGGAAAAUUCCAGAAAGCUUGGAACCACUUUACCAUUGCCAUAGAAGUUGAUCCAAGGAGCUAUCUAGCCUACGAGGGAAGAAGUGUGGUCUGUCUUCAAAUGGGUGAUAAUUUUGCUGCAAUGCAGGAUAUUAAUGCUGCUUUAAAGAUCAAUACUACCGCUGAGUUCUUAACAAAUCGUGGGGUGAUUCACGAGUUUAUGGGUCAGAAACACAAUGCUAUGAAGGACUACCAGGCGGCAGUGUCUCUGGACCCCACGUAUUCCCUGGCUUACUACAACGCGGGCAACAUCUACCUUCACCACAGGCAGUUUUCCCAGGCCAGUGACUACUUCUCGAAGGCUUUGAAGUUUGAUCCAGAAAAUGAAUAUGCGCUCAUGAAUCGAGCUGUUGCAAAUACAAUAUUAGAGAAAUAUGAAGAAGCACAGGAAGAUUUUUCACGUCUAAUUAAAUGUUGUUCCUCUUGGGCUGCCGUAUAUUUUAACAGAGCACACUUCUAUUGCUGUUUAAAGCAAUAUCAAUUAGCUGAAAAAGACCUUUCUCAAGCCUUGGAUUUGAAGCCUGAUGAUGCUCUAGCCUACAGACUCAGAGCAGACGUUCGUGGUAAAAUAGGUCUGGUUGAGAAAGCUGUAACUGACUAUAACCAAGCUCUGGACUUUGAAAGAUCAAGCUACGGGUGUCCAUAGACUGCAUUAAAGUUUCUAUAAGA